GGGAUCUUUUCGAGCACCCCAUUUCAUGCACUGGCUUUUAUUGUGAGGAAUCAAUAUUUCCAUACAUCUGCUGCGAGGCUCAAGAAGCGACAACAGACUGAACCUCCUCCCAGAGAGCUGGACCUGCUGCGUUAUGACAUGAAGGACUUUUGGAAGAGUCCCAAACCAGCUCUGUGGCUUGGGUUUGCAGGACUGAUCCCCUUUGUUGCCCCUCCUCUCUUCAUGGGUGUGACUGAAAGUUACCUUCCCGAGUUUGCCUAUAUUCAAUUGGCCUACAGCGUCUCCAUCGUUUCCUUCCUGGGCGGAGCUCGUUGGGGGUACGCCCUACCUGAGAGCAGCCCGGCCAAACCUGACUGGAUAAACCUGAGCAACAGUGUGGUUCCUUCACUCUUAGCUUGGGUUACCAUGCUCAUGGCUGACAGCAUUGUUCCUGCAGUGACCAUGGUUAUCAUGGCGCUGGGAAUCUCGCUUCACUAUGAUCUGUCACUGUUGCCCACUUACCCAAGCUGGUUUAAAGCACUGCGUGCUGUCUUGACAAUUGUGGCGUUUUUCUCCCUAGUUGGUACACUCGUUGCACAUGGAAUGUACCCAGAGAAGAAAAUGUUUUCAGAGUAAGAAAUCCUGCAGUUUGCAGACAGUGUUGACGUUUUGCUGAAAGAACAAUUCAUGUCAUUAUUGUAUUUUGAGUGAAAACUGAAAUGGCAUUAAACGAUUUGAGAUGGUUUUGGA